AUGGAGAGCUGGCCUCCUUGGUGGAGGGCCCCGCCGGGCUCCAUCCCAGCCCCCCGGCUCCUGGGCUUGUCCCUGCUCCCCUGGACCCUGCAGCUCACAGGCACAGGAGGGCAGUCAGUGACCCACACCGGCCUCCCCAUUGUCGUCUCUCUGGCCAACAAGGGCGUUCCCUUCAGCUGCAGGAUUACCUACCCGUACACCCCCAAGUUCAAGGACUUCACCGUCAGCUACUUUCAUGUGGACCUCCAGGGCCAGAGGAGCUCUGAGGAGAAGACCAGCUGCAAACCUGGUCCAGGCACAGAGAACCAGACCCACACCAUAGAGUGUCAGAUCACCCCCAAGCUGCCUGACUCGUCUGCCACUGGCACCUACUACUGCUCCGUCCACUGGCCGGACUCCAGGGUUAUAGGCAACGGCACCUUCAUCCUGGUCAGAGACACAGGGUACCGAGAGCCCCCGCAGGGCCCGCAGGCGCUCCUGCUCUUUUCCUUCAUCGUCAUCCUGACUGUCCUGAGCUUCCCGGCCACGGCCCUGUUGCUCUGGAAGAAGAGACAGAUGCAGGCUCCACGGAAGCACACUGCCCAGAAGUGCCCGGGCCCCAGCGCUGCCAGCAGCCGGGAGCAGCCUCCACCCGAAUCCAUCUACACGGACCUGCAGCGCCGAGAGACCGAGGUCUACGAAUGCAUCCAGAGUGAGGUCAGCAGCCUGCCCUCCACCCAGGGCCUGCUCUCCCAGGAGAAACAACACAGAAUUGAGGGUGACAGUGAAUUUAACCUGGUCUAUGAAAAUCUCUAGGACAAGCUCUGCCUGCCCAUGGGUCUUGCCCUGGAUCAGAGGCCCUGGGGCAGCCUCUCCCUCCAAAGGACUUGAUCUGUUCCCGGAGCGAGGCCCCAGGGGUGCCCCGUCACCUCACUGCCACACUUAAGAGGGUGCCCUCUUGCCUUGGCUGGCCCCACCCCCCGUUCUGCAG